AUGGUACUCACGAGAAAUCUCGAGAAGGUCUUGGUCUCGAAAAAGAAAGAAUGUCGAAAGAAAAAGAAAGAUGUGGAAUCUGCGUCACCCGAGAUCGGCGCGGAAAAGCAACCGGCUCAAGGUGAGGAGAGUGAGGAAGAGGAGAACGAGAACUCAGAGGAAAUUAGGAGUGAAAGAGAACUCAGAGGAUACCCUCCGACUAGAGGUGCAGAAGGAGCAGAAUAUGUCGGGAGCGACGGAGGGAGUCAAAGUUUGAGAGACCCUCCAAAUGGAGAAUUUGCUUGUGACGGGAGCGACGGAGGGAGGAGACAAAGUUUGGACCCCGAGGUGUUAUUUGCAUGA